UAUCUGCUAGGAAGUAGCACUCACUGAACUUUUGGAUUUGGAUCCGGAAAAAAGAAAAGAAGAAAAGCUUCAAUGGAUCAGAAUAAUGGCCGACGAGUGGUUCUGUUUCCACUUCCAAUACAAGGCUGCAUCAAUCCCAUGUUUCAGAUGGCCAAGAUUCUCCACUCAAAAGGUUUCUCCAUUACUGUCAUCCACACUCGCUUCAACGCUCCAAAAGCUUCAAGCCAUCCUCUCUUCACCUUCUUAGAGAUACAAGACGGCUUGUCUGAAACAGACAUAAGAACUGAUGAUAACACUUGGCUCUUCACUCUUCUCAACCGAAGAUGCGAGGCUCCGUUUCGCGACUGUUUGACUAAGCUUUUGAAAUCUUCAGAUUUAGAAACAGGGGAGAAGAAACAGAGGAUUAGCUGUUUGAUCCAUGAUUCUGGAUGGACCUUCACAGGAUCUGUAGCUGAGAGUUUGAAGCUCCCGAGAUUGGUUCUCAAUGUGUACACUAUCUCCUACUUUCGCAGCCAUUUUGCUCUUCCUAAACUCCGCCGUGAUGUGAAUCUUCUGUCGCAAGAUCCAGACCAAGAUGAUGUAGUUCAGGAGUUUCCACCACUUCGAAAGAAGGAUCUUGUGCGGCUUCUUAAAGAGAAAAGAGAAUACUUAGAACCCUACUUGAAUAUGAUUUUGGAAUCGACAAAGUCGUCUUCAGGCAUUAUAUUCGUGAUGUCUUGUGAAGAGUUGGACCAAGACUCAUUACCUAAGGCACGUGAAGAAUUCAAAGUACCGAUCUUCGCGAUAGGUCCAUCUCAUAGCAAGUUCCCAGCCUCGUCUAGUAGCUUGUUCACACAGGACGAGACUUGCAUUCCAUGGUUAGACAAGCAAGAAGACAGAUCCGUAAUCUACGUGAGUUUCGGUAGCCUCGCUUCCAUGACCGGACCAGAGUUAAUUGAGAUUGCUUGUGGUCUAAGAAACAGCGGUCAGCCCUUCUUGUUGGUUGUACGGGUUGGCUCGGUUAAAGGCACAGAAUGGAUCGAGGCCAUACCGGAAGAACUCAUGGCAAAGGUUAACGAGAAAGGGAAGAUAGUGAAGUGGGCACCACAACAAGAGGUUCUGAAGCAUAGAGCUAUAGGAGGAUUCUUGACACACAAUGGUAUGAACUCGGUUGUUGAGAGUAUUUGUGAAGGCGUCCCAAUGAUCUGUUUGCCUUGUUUUUGGGACCAGUUCUUAUAUGCAAGACUUGUUAGUGACGUGUGGAGGGUAGGGCUGCAUCUAGAGCAUCGGAUUGAGAGAAAUGAGAUUGAGAGUGCGAUAAGGAGAUUAUUGUUUGGAAGUGAAGGAGAAGCAAUCCGAGAGAGGAUGACACUUCUUAAGGAUAAAGUCGAAAGAUCGGUUGAAGAAAACGGUUCGGCGUAUCGAUCUUUAGAGAGUUUGAUUGAUCAUAUAUCGUCUUUCUAGCUUUAUAUGGGUGUUUUUUUAUUUCUUUGUCAUCAUAAAUUUCCAACUAAUAAAUUGUUAAAUGUUUCGAAGAUAUUCCUCCAAUGUGGUUGGCAUUGUCUGAAUAAAGCAAGACUAAUGAAUCUAA